AUGGCUUCUACCCAGACAAUCGAGCUACAACCCGCUGUGGAGCUCACGGCUGUUUCUCGCUGCGAGCUGCCUCGGCGCCCGGAGACCGUCUCCGCCGGCUCCGGCCGACCGUCCACGGCCCGGUCGCGGGACCCGGACCGGCCCUCCAGCGCCGACAACCAGCCACCGACUCCGAGCACUGGCCGGGUGUUUCGCGCCAUCGAGCCGAUAGUCAUCCCGCCAGUGAGCCAAGGACUUCGUUUCCUCAUUGCGUUGCUCAUCAUCUUUGCAAACUUGAUCCAGUUCACUUCCAACUUCAUCACGAUUAGCGCCGGCCUCUCGUUGAGCAAGCUACUCGGCCGAGAUGUCGGCCCCGGGCAGGCAAACUGGAUGGCGGCGUCGUACUCUCUGACACAGGGCGCGUUCGUGCUCAUUACCGGACGGCUAGGAGCUGUAUACGGGCACCAGAAGUUGACGCUCAUCGGCCUUUUCAUCUUCGCCCUCGGCUCCCUCGUCAAUGGCUUCUGCCGUUCAUAUGAAAGCUUCAUCGCCAUCCGAGCUCUGACCGGAGUCGGUGGAGGCGUUUUCAUGCCCAACGCAGUCACCAUAUUGACGCUCAUGGUUCCUCCUGGUCCGGCCAGGAACGUGCUGCUUGGACUGUUCGCUGCCUCACCGCCCAUCGGCGGCGUCAUCGGAGCGUUGGCCGCUGGACUGUGCGCCAACGCCGGCGGGUUGUGGAGUUACACGGGCCUCUUUGCCGUCAUCGCGGCAACGUCUGCGGCGUGCAUGGCGUUGCUCUGGCUCGUUCUACCGCGGGAAGAGCCGGUUGACAAGCACGGCUCAAUCGAUUACGUCGGAGCCGCGCUGGGACUCGGCAGCCUACUGCUCUACAACAUUGCUUGGAACCAAGCACCAUCCGUUGGCUGGUCGACGCCAUACGAAAUCGCUAUUCUCGUCCUGGCCGUGGCAUGUUUCUGCGCUUUUCUCUACUGGGAGAAGUCGUGGGCCCGGGAUCCGAUCAUGCCACUCGACGUCUUUCGUACGCCGACGUUUCUGGCGCUCAUCUUCGUGGUCCUGCUGAGCUACAUGGCCUUUGGCAUCACGCUGUGGUAUUCCAUCGCGUGGCAGCAGACCCUGCGAAAUAUCUCGGUGAUGCAGACCGGUGUCAACUUUGUUCCCUUUGGGGUCGGGUCGGUCGCAUCGGUCGCCCUCGCCGCGUACAUGCUCCCGCGCGUAGCAGCGCAGUGGAUCAUGGCAAUUGGCGUCGCCGUCGUGCUGGCCAGCAGCCUCUUGCUCGCCACCAUGCCCAUUGACCAAAGCUAUUGGUUCCAGACGUUUCCCGCCAUGGUCCUGUCCAGCUUCUGCCCGGACUUUGUCUAUCUCGCGGCCCAGAUCAUCGCGAGCAACAGCGUCAGUCGCAGGCAUCAGGGCGUGGCGAGCAGCCUUGUCGGUACGCUGAACCUGUACGGCAAUAGCCUCGGGUUGGGCUUCGCGGGCACCAUCGAGACAGAGGUGACGAAGAAGCUUGCUGCGGGCUCGUCUGCGGCAGAGAGCAUCGCGGACACGGUGUCGGGGUAUCGCGCAGCGUUGUACUUUGCUGCCGGCAUAGCCUUUCUUGGCUUGGUGCUGGACUUUGCCUUUGUGCGAGUGCCCAAGAAUGAGCGAGAGGGGUGGGACGAAGAGUUGGAAGAUCACAGUGCGCCCGAGCCCCAGCUGGGGGCCGUACUCGCCGCAGAGGCGACCGCCGUGGACAGGCAGACUCUCGCUUGA